GCCUGUUAAAUAACUUAUUUCUAACGACAUAAUCAAUUCUCAAAUUAACACAACACAUAGCUCAAUACUUUUUAUCCUCUUCAAACAUUCAACACCAUGCACCAACCUAUUGCGGUGCUUUUAUUCGCAACUGUCUUUGCCAUACCAGCCAAGACUGCGUUCAUUAGGACCAGUGGUAUUGAAUUACCAACGUAUACUGAUCCCUGUAAAAGAAAUGACAAGGAUUUUAGUGGUUGUCUAAAAAAAACUUUGCAAUACUUGAUUCCUAAAUUCAGCAAAGAGGGUAUACCACAAUUAAAUAUCACGACUUUAGAUCCUUAUCAUUUGGAUGAAUACCUUAUGCAUUUUGACUCGGCACAAAUCGAUGGAAAAUGUCUUUUUAAAAAUGUUAACGACUAUGGUUUGUCAACAAUAAGAAUAGUCGACGUGAGAGCUUUAGUUGAAGAUCCCAAACGUAUGGAAUUAGAAGUGGAUUUUUAUAUGCCAAAAGUAAUAUCGACAGGAAACUUUAAAGCCGAGGGUAAAAUCGGAGAAAUUCCAAUAAUGGGAAAAGGUUUCUUCAAUGUAUCGUCUUACGAUGUUACUGGCACUUGGGCACUAAAAGGUGACACAAUUAAAUUAGAUGGUCAACGUCACAUGCGUAUCAAAGAUGUUGGUAUGAAAUUGGACAUUGGUGACAUGAAAAUAUACGCCACUAACUUAAUUAACGGAAGCCCCGAACUAAGUCAAAUGGCUUUAUCAUUCGUAAAUCAAUUUUGGCGUGUUAUAUUCCAAGUAAUGAUGCCAUUUGCUGAAGAAGCUUUUGAAAAAAUUACCAAGCCAGUUCUUAACCAAGUGUUCCUGGAAAUACCAUACGACCAACUGUUCCCUCCAAGUCGCAAGUAAUUCAGUCUCUCAAAAUCAUCAUUAAUACUACUUUUAACGUUUUUUUUUGAAGAAUUGGAUUUUAUAUUUUUGUUUAUAAGUUAAGAUUUUUAUUAAAUAAUAAUUAUAUAAGUGAUCUUUCUGUUCUAUGUUCAUCAUAGUGAUGAACAUGAAAAAAUGUAUUAUUGUCAAAAUAGAGUGUUAUUUAUUGUUAA